AUGAAAGCCCAAUUCAACCUGAACAGAAGGAAGAAGGAACCAAAAACCAGAGAAGGCAGAAGAGACGGAGCGACGAGCUGGAAGUCGAGAAUGUCGAUACUGUGGGAGAAGAGCGGGACAUGGAGGUGGAUAGUGAACAAGACCCGUGACUCGAAGCCCUUCUUCUUGGCCUUCGCCACCGUCUGCGGCGUCGUUCCGGGCGUUAUUGGCUACUUCGUUAUGCAGACGACCAACUCCGGAAACCAACAACUCGAGGCCGAGCUCCGCCGCAACGCCCGACCUGAAUCCAUGAGGAUGGGGCAAGUGAAUAAAGAAAGAUUGGCAGAAUUCCUUGGGGAGUUGCAGCGGAAAGAGAACACAAAUGACCGCUAUGUUGCUGCACUGAAAGGAGAGACAUUGACUAGGAAUCCAUAUGUGAGAAUUCAACCAAUUCCAAAGCCAAGCAACACCGAAGCUGAGAAGGAACAGAAGUAGAUGGAGGUUCUGUUGUCAAGGGUAUCUGUAUGUUUCUUCAGAACAACUACAUGGAUGGGUUUUGGCGUUUUUUAUGUUAUGAUUAUGCAGAACUAUGCGAGCUGUGUCUUAUUUUUUUUAUGAAUAUUUAAGUGCAGUAAGAACUCACUGAGAAAAAAGGCAUGCAAGAACGGAAUACGAUAGUUUCUCAUGUACAUGUUGUUCUAGAGCAUUUUCCAAUAUCUGGAAUGCCACACUAUCUAAUAUGAAGGUAGGAAGAAGUUCCUACCGAUAUAUCAAUCCUACGUUGAUUGACAUAUAAAUUUUCUACUGUCAAAUUUGACAUAUUAGAAAAGGUUUCGAUUAAUUUUUUAAUUAUUUUAUUGUGUUAGAAGAAUUUGUGGGUUAGAAGAUAAAAUACAUGUGGGUUUGAAGAAGAGAAAAUCUGACAUUACUACGUCAGCCAUCAAAUUGGACAUUUAUCUUUUGACAUCUCAAUUGGAGAUGCUCUAAAGAGCCAAACAAUGUCCAGAGUAGAUUGAUAGAAACUCUCACGGAACCUUAAUUUUUGAACUAAAUAUUAGAAUUGCUAAUUUAGGGUUUGGGACUACAAAGCAAUGAAGCAGAACUCAUUCCCUUUUGCAUUCCAAUAACAAUUUGUAAGCUUGUAUUACCAUGGACAGGUAGACUGCUGCAAUGGUGGUAUCUGGGUAAACUCCUGUACCUUCUAUGAUGAUGCAGCUGUUGAAAGCCCAAAUUAAUGGGCUAGCUAGGCAAUCAAAGAUUUUAAUUUCAUGGGAGGAACCCUUCAGAUUGUUGGGGUUUGUCAUUGGUGGCAGAACAUACAGAACACUUCAUUGCAGAGACUCUUAUCACUAUACCUACUUGCUACGGCACUGUAGAAGCACCAGAUCAAUCAAAAAACUCCAUGCCCAGAUAAUUACUGUUGUGAGCAAAACCCAUUUGUUGUUGCAAAGCUAGUUGGCAAGUAUGUUGAGUGCAGUGAAUCAAGCAUGGAAGCUGCACGGAAGGUGUUUGAUAAAUUGCUUGAGAGAGACGUUUUUGUGCGGAACAUGGUUAUUCAGGGUUAUGCAAAUGUGGGUCCUUUGGUUGAAGCCCUCAAUAUGUAUGAUAGAAUUCGGUUCAGUGGUGUACCUGCAAACCGGUACACGUACCCUUUUAUGCUCAAGGCUUGCGGUGCAAUGAGAGAUGGAAAACGAGGUCGGAUUGUUCAUGGACAUGUCGUGAAAUGUGGACUCGACUCGGAUUUGUUUGUUGGGAAUGCUCUUAUUGCCUUGUAUUCCAAGUGUGAGGAGAUUGAGACAUCUAGAAGAGUGUUCGAUGAAUUACCUGAGAAAGAUUCUGUUAGUUGGAAUUCCAUGAUUCCGGGGUACACGGCAAGUGGGAAUCCUCGUGAAGCUCUCAUGGUUUUUCGUUCCAUGCUGCAAGAUCAUGCCACAUGCUUGCCUGACCAUGCCACUCUUGUUUGCAUUCCUCCUGCUUGUUUUGAAGCAUCGGCUAUUGAAGUUGAACUUUGGAUUCAUUCUUACAUUAUAUAGUCAAGUAUGAAAGCCGAUGCUGUUUUAGGCAGCGCUCUCAUUACAACGUACGCAAAUUGUGGUCGUGUAACCACUGCCAGAGUUAUUUUUUAUCAAAUCAGCGAGAAAACUGUGAUCCUGUGGAGUCCUGUGGAAUGCGAUUAUCCGGUGUUAUGGAAUGCACGGGCAUGUAGAUGAGGCACUCCAAGUGUUUUCGCAGUUUGUAGAGUCUGGCUUACGCCCGGAUGGUACUGUAUUUUUGUGUUUAUUGUCCACUUGUAGUCACUCAGGGAUGAUCACAAAAGGCUUGGAACUUUUCGAGAAAAUAGGAGAUUAUGGAGUAACGAAAAGCUAGAAACACUACGCCUGUGUAGUUGACCUUCUGGGAAGAGCUGGGUUACUUGGUCGAGCUUAUUAGAAGCAUGCCCAUGGAGGCAGGGAAAGAUGAAUAUGGUGCCUUGCUUGGAGCCUGUAGAAUACAUAAUAACAUAGAACUCGCUGAAGAAGCUGCGGAAAAGUUGUUUGCUUUGGACCCCGAAAAUGCUGGGAGGUACAUUCUUCUAGCCAUCAUGUAUGAAGAUGUGCGCAGAUGGGCGGAUGCUGGUAGAGUGAGGAAGCUACUGAGAGACAACAACGUCAAGAAGUCAAGGUGGAUUGUAUCACACAUUUGGAGCGGACGAUGAAUCUCACCGGCAUACAGACCAGAUUUUCAACACAAUGCAGAGAUUGGAUACGAUAAUGGAAGAAGAAACAGUGACGGUUUAAUGUGAUUGUCGUGCCUCAAUAGAGUUAUACGAUUUGAAUUCGACAGUCACUGUUAGAGCAAUUGUUUCUGGAUUAUUGACCUAAUGCAUGUUGUUCUACAAAGUUUACA